AGACAGGAAAGAAAAAGAAAAGGUUAAGUGGGCCUGAGUCGCAGGGUGAUAUAGUUCAUAUCCUCGCAACCCAUCUCGUUCUUCACAGCGCCGCUGCCGAUCUCCGUUCCGUUCUCUUCUCCUCCGGCGACCGAUCUUCGUUCUCAUCUCCGACGACUCGUGUCCACUGGUAGUUAGGAGAACAUAACAAAGAUGAGUGACUUUGAAUGUCAAAAGCUCCGAAAUAUAUGCAUUCUUGCACAUGUGGAUCAUGGUAAGACCACAUUGGCGGACCACUUGAUUGCUUCAUCUGGAGGAGGAGUACUUCACCCUAAGCAGGCAGGCAGGCUUAGGUUUAUGGAUUUCUUGGAUGAGGAGCAGAGGCGAGCUAUAACAAUGAAAAGUUCUUCCAUUGCUCUUCAAUAUCAGGAUCACUGUAUCAAUCUUAUAGACUCUCCAGGACACAUGGACUUUUGCAGUGAGGUGUCCACUGCUGCCCGAUUGAGUGAUGGAGCUUUAGUAUUGGUGGAUGCAGUAGAGGGUGUUCAUAUUCAGACCCAUGCCGUUUUGCGCCAAGCGUGGAUUGAGAAGGUUACACCGUGCUUGGUCUUGAAUAAGAUUGAUAGGUUGAUUUCUGAAUUGAAAAUGAGUCCUAUGGAGGCACAUACACGGCUGCAGAGGAUUGUUCAUGACGUGAAUGGUAUUGUGAGUGCGUACAAAGCUGAGAAGUAUUUGUCAGAUGUUGAUUCGCUUCUGUCUGUUCAAACUGGAGAUAUGAAUGAAGAAAGUUUUGAGUUUAUGGAGGACGAUGAAGAGGAUACUUUUCAACCCCAAAAGGGUAAUGUAGUGUUUGUGUGCGCACUUGAUGGGUGGGGCUUUAGUAUCAGUGAUUUUGCUGAAUUUUACGCUUCAAAACUUGGAGCAAGUUCAUCUGUAUUACGAAAAGCAUUGUGGGGCCCCAGGUAUUAUAACGCCAAGACCAAGAUGAUUGUAGGCAAGAAGGGAGUUAGUAGUGGAACUAAAGCUCGGCCAAUGUUUGUGCAAUUUGUGCUUGAGCCACUGUGGCAGGUUUAUCAAGCUUCCCUGGAAGCAGAUGGUGGUAAGAGGAUGCUUGAGAAAGUUAUCAAGUCAUUCAAUUUGUCUAUACCUUCUCGCGAACUUCAGCAUAGGGAUCCAAAAGCAGUGCUUCAAUCAGUUAUGAGCCGCUGGCUUCCCUUAGCUGAUACAGUAUUGUCAAUGGUCAUUAAAUGCAUGCCUGACCCGGCUUCUGCCCAGUCUUUUCGAAUACCUCGAUUGCUUCCAAAGAGAGAGGAGAGCAGGGGUAGCUCUGAUGUUUUUGCUCCAGCCGAACUUGUAAGGAAAUCUGUUGAGACCUGUAAUUCCAGCGAUGAGGCACCUUGCAUUGCAUUUGUUGCAAAAAUGUUUGCUGUUCCAUCUAAAAUGCUUCCCCGCGGAGAGAUUAUUAAUGACAGUGAAAACGGCGAUUUGGGAGAAGAAUGUUUCCUAGCAUUUGCCAGGAUCUUUAGUGGUGUUAUUCACUCCGGGCAGAAGAUAUUUGUUCUUUCUGCUCUUUAUGAUCCAUUGAAGUCUGAGUCGGUGCAGAAACAUGUUCAAGAGGCUGAGUUGCAUGGCUUAUAUUUAAUGAUGGGCCAAGGGUUGAAACCUGUGGCUUCGGCCAAGGCAGGGAAUGUUAUUGCUAUUAGAGGUCUUGGCCAACACAUUUUGAAAAGUGCCACCCUUUCAUCUACGCUACACUGCUGGCCAUUUUCAAGUAUGAUUUUCCAGGUUGCACCCACUCUUAAGGUUGCAAUUGAGCCGUCUGAUCCUGCUGAAAUGGGUGCACUCAUGAAAGGGUUGAAGCUUCUAAACCGUGCGGAUCCGUUUGUUGAGGUUACUGUUUCUGCCAGAGGGGAACAUGUGCUUUCUGCAGCAGGAGAGGUCCAUCUUCAGAGAUGCAUUAAAGAUUUGGAGGAGAGAUUUGCAAAGGUCAGUUUGCAAGUCUCGAAACCUCUUGUCUCAUACCGGGAGACCAUCGAAGGUGAUGCAGCGAAUCUCUUUGAAAACUUGAAACUGUUGAGCCAAGGCCAUGACGUUAUUGAGAAAACCACACCGAAUGGAAGAUGUGUUGUCCGAGUGCGAGUCAUGAAGCUUCCAACUGCAUUGACCAAGUUACUAGAUGAAAGUUCAAGUGUUCUUGGAGAUAUCAUUGGAGGUAAAUCAUUGCACACUAGUAAAAGCAUGGAAACCCUCGGAGGUAGCAUCGUGGAAGAUGAGAAUCCUAUUGAAGCACUCAAGAAACACAUGAAGGAUGCUGUGGAGAAUGAGUUUUCAACUACAUUUCCAGGAACAGAACCUGAGAGGAUAGAAAAAUUUCAAAAAACAUGGCAGAAGUUUGUUAAGAGGAUUUGGGCUCUCGGACCUUGGCAAGUUGGCCCUAACAUUCUUCUCACACCAGAUGUGAAGGAGAACAGUGAUGAUUCUUCAGUCCUCAUCAGAGGCUUCCCUUAUGUAUCUGAAAAAUUGGGUUUUCUGUGUACAUCUGACAAUAGCACUUCACCACCCGAACCAUCAUCAUUGGAUGCAGAUCAAACUUUAUCAAGAGAAGCCGAGAGUCUUGAGAGCAGCGUAAUGUCAGGUUUUCAGCUAGCCACUGCAGCUGGACCUUUGUGUGAAGAACCAAUGUGGGGUCUGGCGUUUUCUAUUGAGGCAUCAAUACACCCACUGAAUGGGCAUUCUUCUACUGAUCCUGACUCAUCGGUUCCCCAAGUGGACCAAUAUGGAGUUUUCUCUGGACAGGUCAUGACAGCCGUCAAGGAUGCCUGCCGAGCAGCCGUGCUUCAGAAGAAACCUCGGUUAGUGGAAGGCAUGUAUUUUUGUGAGCUCAACACCCCAACUGAGUAUCUGGGGUCCAUGUAUGCAGUUCUUGCCCGGAGACGAGCCAGGGUCAUCAAGGAAGAAAUGCAUGAGGGGUCUCCAUUGUUCACCGUGCAUGCAUACCUGCCAGUUGAACAGAGCAUUGGCUUUGCUGAUGAGCUGAGGAGAUGGACUUCUGGUGCUGCAAGUGCUUUACUUGUCCUCAGCCAUUGGGAAGAACUCCCUGAAGACCCUUUCUUUGUACCCAAGACCGAGGAAGAGUUGGAAGAGUUUGGCGAUGGGUCUAGCAUCUUGCGCAACACAGCAAGAAAGCUUAUUGAUGACGUGAGACGGAGGAAGGGUCUUCCUGUGGAGGAAAAGGUUGUCCAACACGCAACAAAACAACGAACCUUGGCUCGGAAGGUUUAGGUAACUUACACAUGGUUUUGCAAUUGUAUGGCACACUACACCCUUUUUAAUUAAUGUUUAAUUUUUUUUGGAACCACAAGAGCUUUUGUUGGAGGUUGUAGUCAUGUCUGUUUCUUAGUUUUUGUGACAUUUUUUGUUUGAAACGCUAGGGGUAAAAGUAUUUUUAACUGCAGUGCACAAAUCGAUGCUCAUUGUAGACUUUUGUCAAAUUAAGAGUCAGACUCAUCAAGAUUGCAAAUGAAGUGAAGUACUGGGCGUGGACACCUACUAUACUCUACUAGCAGUUGAUUUGACUAUACUUUUACUUUGGAAAAUAUCUUCCCUUGAAAGAUACUCCAUAUAAAAAUAAGAGCUGGUGGUUCCUGCAAGUGAUGGUGGGUUGUUAAUUAAUUGUUGCUUGCAAUCAAAAGAGGCUGAAUCUGUGCUUGCGAUCUGGUCUUUGUCACUUGAGACCGGAAAACCUAAAGCUUCUGAGCUAUAACAAAUUAAAGUUACUCCUAGAGAUCAUUGUCCAUUCACAUUUACGUAAAUUACUCCAUAAAUAAACAUAGUACAAGAUC